AGACUCGCCUCCUCAUGCUCCUCUGAAUCCAUUUCCGUCCUGUCAGAUACGGUAUCUCUACUUGAAAUUGACGGAUUUUGAUCGGGAGUUUUAAAAUUACGUUACUUAGGUUGAUGUAAAGGUGUGUCAAUCGACUAAGGGGUUUGGGUGCGUACACUGAACUCGUAAAAUGGAUGCACUCAUAACAAGCGUACAGGAAAGACAUUCCAAAAAUGAAAGACACACCGAUAAAACAAAAUAUAUGUUUAUGUUCCACGUGCUUGACAUUUGACCGUUUCCCUUGUGCGUGAGAAAAGGGGGAGGGUGAAGAACCGUUUGAGAAGACAGACAUCCAGCGCUUCGCUCCUCUCACACACGACCAGCUUACGCCAUUCAUUCUGCCCUCCCUUGCUCCGGCACACGCUGCAUUCCUACGGUAGUUUUUGGAUAGCGAGCGGCGAUGUUUCUCUGCAGAGCGGCUUGGCAAAGAUAUGGGCCUUUGGCAAGGAAGGUAGCCCAACAGUUAUCUAGAGAUGUGUUGCCACGACGACAAAUGUCAUCAGUCCCCGGUGGUACUGGUGAUAACAUCGUCUACGCCCUGCUGUGUGGCGGGGCCUUCGCUGGAGCCAUCGCAUACACAUACAGCACUGUGACCACAGACCACGCCAGAUUCAAUGACCGUGUAGCGGAUAUCAACGCUCGUCCCAAGACUGUGUGGUCGCCCAAACCAUGGCCUCCCAAGAGUAGGGAUGAGGAAGAGGAGGGUGAGGAAGCAGCAGCCUGGGGAGGAGAGGAGGAGGCGGCUGAGGAGGAGGCAGCAGCAGAAGAGGCUGGAGAGGAGGCUGCAGUUGAGGAGGCUGUAGCGGCGGAAAACGGAGCAGAACCCGCAGAAGAGGCCUCAGUCGAGACAGAAGCAGCGGCCGAGGCAGUCUCUGAAGAACCGGCUGUGGAGGCAGCGGCAGUAGAGGCAGAAGCAGUGGCCGAGGCAGUCUCUGAAGAACCGGCUGUGGAGGCAGCGGCAGUAGAGGCAGAAGCAGCGGCCGAGGCAGUCUCUGAAGAACCGGCUGUGGAGGCAGCGGCAGUAGAGGCAGAGGUGGCACCAGCGGAAGCGGAGACUGUGGUGGAGGAGAUUACAGAGGCUGUUGCUGAGGUCGCAGAAGAGGUCAUCGAGGUGGCAAAUGAAGUGGAGGCAGCAGCAGAGGAAGUGGCCGUGGAAGAGGCUGCUGAGGAGGCAGUUGCCGUGGAAGAGCCGGAGGAGGAGAUCAACGUGGAACCAGUCAUUCUGGCAGCAGCCUCUGCUUUGGAGGUGACGACAGUCACUGAAGUGGUCAAAGAAGUGGUUGUGCCUAUUGUAGAAGAAGUGGAGGAGGCCGCCCCAGUGGAGGAGGCCGCCCCAGUGGAGGAGGCCGCCCCAGUGGAGGAGGCCGCCCCAGUGGAGGAGGCCGCCCCAGUGGAGGAGGCCGCCCCAGUGGAGGAGGCCGCCCCAGUGGAGGAGGCCGCCCCAGUGGAGGAGGCCGCCCCAGUGGAGGAGGCCGCCCCAGUGGAGGAGGCCGCCCCAGUGGAGGAGUCCCCAGCUGCCCCACUUGAGGCUGCACCCGCAGAAGAGGCCCCGGCUGCAGUGGAGGAGUCCCCGGCUGCAGUGGAGGAGGCCACAGCUGCCCCACUUGAGGCUGCACCUGCAGAAGAGGCCCCGGCUGCAGUGGAGGAGGCCCCGGCUGCAGUGGAGGAGGCCCCGGCUGCAGUGGAGGAGGCCCCGGCUGCAGUGGAGGAGGCCCCGGCUGCAGUGGAGGAGGCUGCAGUGGAGGAGGCCCCAGCUGCCCCACUUGAGGCCACACCUGUAGAAGAGGCCCCAACCAUAGAAGAGACCCCACCUGAGGUCACACCUGUAGAAGAGGCCCCAACCAUAGAAGAGACCCCACCUGAGGUGGAGGAGGCUGCAGUGGAGGAGGUCCCAGCUGCCCCACCUGUAGAAGAGGCUGCGAUGAAAGAGGCCCCAGCUGCAGUGGAGGCUGCCCCAGUUGUGGUGGUGGCACCUGUGGAGGCGCCUAAGAAGGAAUACAUUGUAGUGGUGCUGGAGGGAGCAGCCAAGACUGAUAAGAGGCCCAAAGUCCUGGGCGUCGGCCCCAUGACCGGCAGGAUCAUCCCAUCUCCAGACGAUGAUGAGGCCCCUGCUGCUGAGGUAAAAGGGCAAGCGACGGCUGCUUAGGAUGCAGAUGCAGUAGAACCACCUGACAGUAAGCACUUGAAGCCCCUGGAUGAUAUACAGUUUCUCUACCCUGAGGGAGAAGAGGGGAUGUGCCUUCCCCCAACCCCCCCCCUUUCAUUGACCCCUCCACACACUUUGACCUUUGACCCUUGAUAUUGGAUAUUGAUCUGUAGUAUAAAACUUGUCUUCCUGU